AGUAGAAAGCUUGACCGGUGUACCAAUUCACGCAUUCAAGAUUUUGAUAUUUUCAGGAUGUCGUUUGUUGUAUUACGAUGCUUGUUAGUCGCCUCCAUAUUGACACUGGCCACGUGCAAUGAGGAUGGACGUUCUAAAUGGGUUUUCCCCAAACAAACUCGUACUGAACAAGCCUGCCCUUCAACUUCAUAUUCUGCCCUAGUUGCGGCUGAGCCCGAUACUUCUGUUAAUGUGAUGUGCCGAAGUUGGUGUAAAUCUGAUGAAACAGAAAUAUGUGACUAUCAUAAAAGUGUCCUACCCUGUGGUACCUCUUAUGACAAAUUAGGAUGCAAGUGUUGCGCUAGUGAUAACGAUCUGAAAACGAAGGUAGAUUACGGAUUUAAUGUAUGCAGUUGGUUUUGUCACAGCGAUUGCCAAAAAGCUGGAGGAGUGUGUAGAAUGUUCAAAUGUAAAGACAACGAGCGCAUAGGAAAACAAGCAACCUGUCAUUUGCCCUGGUUGUGCAAAUGUUGCAAACCGGACCCCACAACAGCACCGUACAUGGGGCCAACAAAAGUAUCCCCUAGUGCACAAGCUGAUCCACAAUUUCGUACAUUCGACGGCUUUCAUUUCAUGUACAACGGCAACAGUGAUUGCGAGUACGUAUUCUUUCAAGAGUGUGUGCCUCGUCCAUCAUUCACUGUUUUGCUCCGGGUCCAUCACCUCAAGGAAGUUAUGAAAAUGGUGGUUACUGAAGUUUCGAUUGUUUUCAAUGGUGACCGUGUUACCUUGAUUGAAGACAGGUUUUACAUUAAUGGCAAAAUCCACAAUCUUCUGACUCCACUGAUAUUCGGGAAUCUGACAGUGACACGAGAUAAUGCAGGAUAUGUGAGAGCAAAACUGGAUUCAACAUUUACAUUGACAUGGAACGGCAAGGGGCGCGUUGCUCCUGUUCUGAACCAAGAUUUGUUCGGAAAAGUGUGUGGCUUGAUGGGAAAUGCUGACGGGGAUCCGUCUAAUGAUAUGCAGAUACCGAUGCCUGAUGGGACACUGAAAUUAGUUACUGAGUCUGAUGAAUUUGGAGACAAGUGGAUUGUUCCAGGAAGUUGCAGUAUAUAAUCCGAAAGGACGACGUUGAUGUUGAGAAAAUCUACAAUGACAUAUUCAACGUUGGUGACGGGUCUUUGGUUUAAAUUAUUCGUAUGUAAAAUACGCGUAAUAAGUAAUGUAUACAUUAUGUUUUAGCGGUAAUAAAAUACAGUUACAUGAAAA